AUGGCACAACACAACCAAGACGAGGUCCCCACAAGCGAAGUGAUGGAGACUCGCGCUGCAGUGGCAAAGAAACGAGGGAGCUCGAAGGAUAUCGUGGCCUCGUUUGAGCAAAGGGUCGGUAGAUUAGAAGACCGAUAUAAUGAAGUUCAAGAGACUCAAGACUCAGUUGAAUCUCGCUUAGAGAAGGUGGAGUCCGUAGAGGAUAUACUCCGUGAAGAAACUCAAGCACUCAUCAGCGAAUUGACGGAUAACGUAGACGACCGUACCAGAGGCCUCGAGAGCAUGUACUUGGCCAUGAGGGCCGAAAUAAUGCAGGAGGUAAAGGAGCUCAAGAGCGAGCUGCUUGUCUACAAGGCUGCCGUGCUGAAUGGAGUGACUGGGGAAGCGCAAGCACCAAGACCCAGGAUCGACAUCCCUAAGCCGAAGGAGUUCAAAGGGAGUCGGACUGCCCAAGAUGUGGAGAAUUUCAUCUGGGGCAUGGAGCAAUUCUUCCGUGGCAUGGGUAUCGGGGAUGAUACCACCAAGGUAAAUGUUGCUUCCAAUUAUCUUACCGAUGUUGUUAUGUUAUGGUGGCGUCGUAGGUGUUCCGAGAUUACAAAACCAGUCGGGACGUGGGAGGAGUUCGUGGGAGAACUCAAGGAGCAUUUCUAUCCGAAGAAUGCUGUGCUCGAGGCUCGAGCAAAAUUGAAACAAUUAAAGCAUGACCGAUCCAUCUUGGAGUAUGUCAAAAACUUCACAGAGAUCAAGAUGCAAAUCCCAGACUUGGGCGAGUCCGAAGGUUACUUUGCAUUUAUGGAUGGACUACAACGUUGGGCCAACAUGGAGAUCCAAAGGAGGGGAGUGACCGAACUCUCCAAGGCAUUAGAUGCAGCCGAGGCUAUUGCCCCGUUUGAAGUAAAAAGGACCGACUCUCUCCAAUCCAGGUCGAAACCCAAAGGUAAUAGUGGGGGAGAAAAGGCCAAAGGAAACUCUCACAAGCCAACGGGAAAUCAUGGGAAGCCGAAUGAUCGACCCAAAAAGCUCUUCAAUCCUUGGGAGAAAAAGGGGGAAUUAUCAUGCUUUUCUUGUGGAGGAAAUCAUAUGAAACGAGAUUGUCCUCAACUUGUGAAAGUCGCUGCCAUCAAGGAGAAUGAUGGGGUGGAGAGUGAGACUCUCAAACUUGGCUCCAUCCUUAGCACCAUGGAGGUCAAGAAAGGCCGCAAGAAGAAGGGAUUGAUGUACGUAGACAUCACCGUCGCAGGCCAAAAGAUGAGCGCACUGGUGGACACAGGUGCCUCAGAAUUGUUCAUGUCCGAACAAAUUGCCAAGAGACUUGGCCUUCAUGUGGAGAAGGCAACGGGAUCCAUCAAAACCGUGAAUGCCGAGGAAGUUCCAAUUGCGGGGGUCGCAAAGGGAAUCGAGCUAACCGUCGGAGGUUGGUCCGGAAAGGAAACCAUCAAGGUAAUUCCUCUCGAUGACUUCGAUUUUGUUCUUGGGUUAAGUUUUUUGGACCGAAUAAAUGCUUUCCCAGUGCCUUUUGCCGAUUGCUUGUGCAUCCUGGAUCCAAAGCAACAAUGCAUUGUUCCAGUGAGCCGAGGGCCUGGAAUCGAGGCCAAGAUGUUGUCCGCAAUCCAGUUCUCAAAAGGGGUGCGCAAGGAGGAACCCACCUUUGUGGCUUCAUUGGUGGAAACUGAACCCACAAUGACCGAGGAAGUCCCAAGAGAAGUGGGACAAGUAUUGGCGGAAUUCAAAGAUGUGAUGCCUGCUGAGUUACCCAAGAAGUUACCUCCAAAGAGGGAGGUGGAUCACAAGAUUGAAUUAGUGGAGAAUGCAAAGCCACCUGCUCGGGCCCCUUAUCGAAUGGCUCCACCCGAGUUAGAGGAGAUGCGUAAACAAUUGAAGGAUCUCCUCGAUGCCGGAUACAUCCGACCAUCCAAGUCCCCCUAUGGUGCACCGGUGCUAUUUCAAAAGAAGCACGAUGGUUCUCUACGGAUGUGCAUAGAUUACCGAGCUUUAAACAAGCUCACGGUAAAGAACAAGUAUCCCAUUCCCCUCAUUGCGGACUUGUUCGAUCAACUUGGUGGUGCAAGGUGGUUCACCAAGCUAGAUUUACGAUCAGGCUAUUACCAAGUCAGGAUAGCCGAAGGAGAUGAACCGAAGACAGCUUGUGUGACCAGGUACGGUUCUUACGAAUACCUUGUGAUGCCAUUUGGCCUCACGAAUGCUCCGGCCACCUUCUGCACAUUGAUGAACAAGGUACUACAACCCUUUCUAGAUCAUUUCGUUGUAGUUUACCUUGACGAUAUUGUGGUGUACAGUAAGACCUUAGAGGAACACAUCGAACAUCUGAGAAGAGUGUUCCAAGUCUUACGAGAUAACGAGCUCUAUGUUAAAGAGGAAAAGUGCUCGUUCGCUCAGAAGGAGGUUCCAUUCCUAGGCCAUGUCGUUGGAGGAGGCAAGCUCCAGAUGGACAAAGACAAGAUCCGAGCGAUUGAUGAGUGGAAGCCACCCACCAAGGUAACUGAAUUACGAGCAUUCUUGGGGUUAGCCAACUACUACCGACGGUUCGUGAAGGGCUAUUCCAAGAUCGCAACACCUUUGACUGAGCUACUCAAGAAGGACAAGGUGUGGGAAUGGAGCACGAAAUGUCAAGAUGCUUUUAAAAAGCUCAAGGAGGCCAUGGUGAAUGAGCCCGUGUUGGUGUUGCCAGACUACACCAAGCCUUUUGUAGUCUUCACUGAUGCAUCCGAUGUUGCCAUUGGUGGAGUCCUCAUGCAAGAGGGACAUCCGGUUGCAUACGAGAGCCGGAAGCUCAACGAGACCGAGAAGAGGUACUCGGUUCAUGAAAAGGAGAUGACAGCAGUUGUACACUGCUUACGCACAUGGCGACAUUACUUGCUUGGGUCCAAGUUCGUGGUGUUCACGGACAAUGUUGCCAACAGUUACUUCCUCACCCAAAAGAAGCUUUCUCCCAAGCAAGCUCGUUGGCAAGAGUUUCUUGCCGAGUUUGACUUUUCCUUGGAGUACAAGCCCGGGAAGGUGAACUGUGUUGCAGAUGGCUUAAGCCGGAGGUAUGCCAUCGAGACUGUGGAAGGUACUCUCCUCGAGAGAAUCAAGGAAGGAUUACCCCAUGAUCCUGUGGCUGAACGAAUCAUCGAGGGAGCCAAGGAGGGGCGAACCCGAGAGUUUGGCUCGAAGGGGAAUUGCUGUACCACCGAGGCCAUCGUCUCUUUGUGCCUCGAUAUGGGAAGUUACGCAAGGAGCUCAUAA